AUGGUUGCAACUUCAACACGUGUUAAUAUCAAUAAAGAGCUUAAUUCGAAUAAUUGUCUGUUAAAAAUAUCUCUAGUCAGUAUCGCUCAAAGUGAAUCUCACGAAGUUAAAAAUGAUGAAAAUGCAAUUAUUAAAACAUUAGUUAAUGAUUAUAAGUCUAUGUUAUUCGUAGUUGGUAAAAUGAAGAUUAUCCAAGAUGAAUUGUAUGUUUAUGCGAAAGAUAUUAAUUAUGUCAGUAUAUAUUCAGCUACUAAAAAACAACUAUCUGAGUCUAGCAAUUCACAGGUGUUAAAUAAGUUCACUUGUUCCAAGCUUUUGGCUAUGCAUCAUAGCAUUAACGAAUCAUUUAAGAAAGAUUCUGAAGCUUUGAACAUAACAAAAUUAAUUGAUUCAAAUAAAAUUAAUUUAAAUCAAUCAGACGUAUCUGCAUCUGAUCUUAGUUUAUCAAAACGCGUUAAGACUAAAAAGGUGAGCAAACUUGCUAAAGAUUUAUUAGAAAUUGACGAUUUGGAGCUUGCAAAUAUCAGUUAUAUUAGAGAUGAAUCGCAAGUAGAUCAAAAUGCUCCUGAUGAUUGUUACAAAGAAUUAGAUGAGUCUGAUGAAGCUAAGAAGGUUAAUGAGUCAGUGAUGGCUGAUAAUGAAUAUAAUAAAGAUAGUAAUUUUAGUUCUGCAUGGGGAGUUCGUAAUCAUGGAAGAGGAAGUAAAAAUAGAGGGCAUA